AUUAUCGUUCUUUGGAUUACCUGAUUUGUUGACGUCCUAAAUAUUUAUGCAAAAAAUGAUUCGUUUUCUUUAUUAGGAGAAACUUAGUAUUUCAUGGCCGUAAUGGAGAUUGCUCAAAACAGUGAUGAAAACCAGUUUUCUUGUGGUUUGUGUGGUGCGAAUUUUAGUUUUAGCUCUCUUUUACGUAAACAUAUUAAAACUCAUACUGUUGGAGAAUAUAAAUGCGACCUAUGUGAUAAAACCUUUCACGCUAUCAAAGCUUUAAAUAUACACACGAGAAUGCACACUGAAGAGAGGCCUUAUAAAUGUGACGUGUGCGGUCAAGGUUUAAAUUCAAAGCAAUCUUUAAUUUCUCACAAGAGAAUUCAUACCGGUGAAAAGCCGUUCAGAUGUACAGUAUGCGAAAGACGGUUUAAUCAUAGUUCACAUUUGUUAAGACACAUAAAAAUACACACUAAUGACAGACCGUACGUGUGUAAUGAGUGUGGAAAACGAUAUAUUGAGAGAGCAGAUUUAAAACGACACAUGAUAAAACACACCGAGAAAUCAGUGACCGCGGAAAGUAGUAAUGUGGGUGAAAAACCUCAUAAGUGUGGUGUAUGUGGUAAAUGCUUUAGAUAUGAAAAAAUAAUGAAAAAGCACAUGAAAACACAUGACUUACUCAAAAUAAAAACAUCUGAUAAAAGUCGAGAAAUGCGUAAUAUUAAACCUACUAUUGACAUUAAAAUUAUACUUCACAAAUGUAAUUUUUGUGAUGAAGCAUUUAGCCAAAUAGGAAAUAUGUAUGCACACCAGAAAACACACAAGAAUGAUAUAGAAUUUAAAUGUGAUGUAUGUGGUAUUGGCUUUCCACAAAAUAUUGAGUUAGAAGUGCACAUAGAAAAACAUACUUGGGAAAAAAAAUAUAAAUGUUAUACUUGUGGCAAGGAAUUUAUUUCUAAUUCGAAUUUAAAAGUUCACAUAAGAAUACAUACUGGCGAAAAACCGUUCGAAUGCGACGUCUGUGGGAAAAGGUUCAAUCAUAGUCCACAUUUGUCACGUCAUAUGAAAAUACAUACUGGUGAAAGACCGUACGUGUGUAAUAAGUGUGGGAAAGGAUUUGUUGAGAAAUUUGAAUUAAAACGACAUGAUAUAAAAGCUCAUACUGAAAAACUUCAAAGCGUCUCGAGUAACACAUGUUCCGAAGCUAAAAAGACUGUUCCCGUUUCUAAGGAGGAAAACUCUUCUAAAUGUGUUGAAGACUGUGCUUCACACGUGAACGAACAUGCGGAAACACGAACCAAAAGUGAUGUAGGUUGUUCAGACAUGAAAGAAAUCGAGAAAACACAAACGUUUAUUACAAAUGGCGAAUCUUUUAAAUGUAACAAUGAAAUAAAUAAGUUAGACGAUGCAUGUCAAACUUCAAAGACUCAUACGGGAACAGCUAAUGGCUGCACCCACACAACUGAUGUUAAAGGUGGGGGACAAAAUGAAAGGGAAGAGAUACAGACACACUUGAAAAUAUAUGCUAGUUUAAAACCUUUCAAGUGUAAGGAUUGCGGGAAAAAGUUUUGGGAGGAGAGUAGUUUGCAGAAACAUAUGAUCAGGCAUUCAGAAGAGAAACCUUUUAAGUGCAAGGAGUGUGGUAAAAGUUUUAUGAGAAAAUCACAUUUACAUUCACACUAUUUAGUACAUUCUGGAGAUAGACUGUUUAAGUGCGAUGAAUGUGGUAGAGGAUUCAAAACAAAAAGUUCUUUAAAGGCCCACUUGAUAACCCAUUCUAGUGAGAGACCGUUUAAGUGUGUUAUAUGUAACAAAACAUUUAAGCAGUGGACACACUUACAAAAUCAUGCAAGAAUACAUUCAACCGAAGACCAAUUUGAAUGCGACAUAUGCAACAAACGCUUUGCAGAAAUAAAAGGCUUAAAAAGGCACAGACGAAUACAUACAGGAGAGAAACACACAUGCAAUAUCUGUAAGAAGGAGUUUACUUUUAUUGAUAGUAUGAAGGCACAUAUGAGAACACAUACGGGUGAAAAACCGUACAUGUGUUCGGAAUGUGGGAAGCGAUUCGGUCAACGACAACAUAUGAAUAGACACAUGAAAAUCCACACGGGUGAGAAACCUCAUAUGUGUGAUGAAUGUGGUAAACGGUUUAUUGAUGGGAGAGACAUGAGGAGACAUAUAGAAAUGCACACUAGGAAAAAAGUUAAAUGUGCUUCAUUUGAGAAGACUAAGAGAUUGUGAAAUGGCAGACGACAUUGAAAGAGGCGGGAAACCAUCUUCUGAAUUUACUUCACAAUCGUUUGAAUACUUGUAUUAAUUUUAGUUUGUCAUUUAGGUCAGUUUACCAUUAGUGGUUGGUUAAUUACAUUUAGUAUACAUUUGUA